CCUCGAAACGUCAGCUGUGUCGCGACCGUCUUGAUUUUACUGGGCAGAAAUGGCGGCGCUAUGUCCAGGUGUUCAGUAUGGUUUGUCUUCGCAACAAAAUUUCGGUGAACAUAAAGACUUGAUUUUCGUGAAACUGACGGAUUCCGCUUUACGUGCAAUAGAAGAUUACAUAAAAAAUCAGAACAAGUUCGCAUAUCAGAACCCGCACAUAAGGUUCCUAGGAAACGAAAAUGGGGAGCUAUCGUUCCCGUCGCAGCACCACAACGCGGGAUGCGUGUCGUUCAACUUCGCGAUGUCCUCGACCGCCGACAUGGAGGGGCCCGGGGGCAGUUUCGAGUGCGUCCACGGGACGCCGCCCCGCGGGCCCCUCGAAAACUUGGGCUCGAUACCGUACAAGAUAAGGGUGCACGCGAACGAGGACGUUUACGAGGCGACGCGGAACCGCAUGAACGAGGUCGAGGACAAGUACAAAAACAAGUGCACGCGCGAAAUCAAACCGAACCAGACGGACAUCGGGCGCAAGGUCAAGGUCAAACAGAUGGCGGCAUCGCGGGCCCCGCCCCCCGCGCAGCGCACCGCGUCGUCGUUGCCGUCGAUGCGGGAUAGCCUGUUGAAGCACGGUUCUGCGCCCCCGUCGUCGUACCAGCCCCCGCCCAAAGCGCCGCCUCCGCAGUCCGUGACGUCGUUCCAGCCGACGACGGCUACUCACUCGUCCGUAUCGGGGGGCGGAGCGUUCUCGAACGGCCUGGGCAGCAAUCACGUGAGCAGCUCGCAGCGGGCCGCCGCCGCCGUCACCGCCGCCACCGUCCAGCACAACAAGAAACCGUCGGUGCCGGACGUCGCCAGACGUCCCUUGAGGGAGCGACUGAUCCAGCUGCUCGCGCUGAGGCCGCUCAAGAAGAUCGAGCUGCACGACCGGCUGACGAAAGAGGGUGUCCGAGGCUCCAACAGUAUGACGACCGUGCUCAAGCAGAUCGCGCACAUGAAAGACAACUGCUACCACCUGAACCGGAACGUGUGGAACGAGGUGAACGACGAGUGGCCUUUUUAUACGGAGACUGAGAAACAAGUGCUUAAGAGGCGCAAACCCCAGAACCUGACGCCGCCCGGUGGCAGCGACGGCGGCAGCUCGGGCAGCGGCCAGUCCCCUACCAGCACCCAUCCCGGCUCCCCGCCCCUGAUCACUUCGUCGAACGGCGCGAAACGACCCGGUUUCCACGAGGGCGCUGACGGUUUCCCGUACAAGCGGCAACGCAUCGCCCACGGUAGCGGCAACAACACCAAAUUCCCCGCGGCGGCGGGGCUUCCGGCGCCUCCCGCCGACACCCAUCCGGUCGCUACCUACCCGCCCAGGCAGCAGCAACAGUCGGAAUUUCCCGCAUACCGUCAGUCCGACCAGGCGUACAGCCGCUCACCGAUAGAGCAACAAAAUAGCCAGCGGAGACCCGCGACGGACCUGCGAGACGCGUCCAAUAUGAACCCCCGCAGCAGGGAGUCGCCCACCACCAACGGCUACCACCACCUGAACGGCUACGACGUCUCGCCCGACGAUGACAAGAAGCGGCAACAGUGCUGCGAUAGCCUGACGUACGGCGUGGCGCGAGACAAACCGUCGUCGUUCAGAAAUGGGUCCCCCGUGAACAACAGGCCUCCCCAGCUGACACCGCCGAACGGCACGCUCAAGGACAAGGAUCGUCGGAACGGCGGCCACAGGGUGUCUUCGUCGUCGUCCAGUAGUCAGCGGAUCGCGAGGGUUAGUCCCGACAGUCAGACGGAGGUGCUGACGACGGAUCCCCAGUCCGUCCGCCCGACGAAGCUGGACAAGGUCGCAGGCGCGACGGCCGACGACUUCGACUUUCCGGAUUACAAAACACAGUACGUUACCAUAACGAGCAGGGAACAGCGGCGGCGUUACAAGGCGGACUUUAACGCGGACUACGCGGAGUACAGGGACCUGCACGGCAUCGUCGACAAGGUCUCGAAACGGUUCGUGCAGCUCGAGGAACGGCUGAAACAGGAAGGGGAGAACAGUCCGAGGUACAAGGAUAUCAAGAAGCAGGUGGUGCGCGAGUACCAGGAGAAUAAGAAGGACGCGGAGCAUCAGCGCGCGAAGAAGCGCUUCCAUUACUUGCACGAGAAGCUGUCGCACAUCAAACGGCUGGUCAACGAGUACGACCAGACGAUGGUGGGCGUGACCGAUUGUUAGCGCGGUGGCGGGGCGGGGCGGGAGUUGUCGAAGCGUUUCCAAAAAAAAAAAAUAAAGAGAAAAUUGAAAGCGACGGUGGCGAGUUGAUCGCAUACUCGGGAAGUUUUUGUUGGCCAGGAGUUUUUGUUACGUUUUCUUUUCUUUUUGGGUUGCCCGCCCCUUGGCCGGGGCAGUUACCCACUCGUUAGUACGGAAUUGUUAAGUUUUUAUUUUGCCGCAGGAAACCGCGCGCGCGCGCGCAGAUCUCUUUCAUUUUCAAGCUAAGUUCGGGAAGAUUCAAGGAGCAAAGAUAAAAAAAUGGGUGGUUCAAAAAAAAAAAAAACAACUUUAAGUUGGGGGUUCACGUAUGUCAUCAUUUUCAUGGAAAUACCAAGUUGAGUACUAUUGUCGUAUUAUUUUGUUUAUUCUCUUAAUAAAAUACGAUAUUAUGUAGGUAUAUAUUUUUUUCCAAAGGUUGUUAACGAACGGGCAAAAAAAUGAUUUCGAAAACCGAAAUUUUACUAUUUUACAGAAUUUGCUAAUAAACGUGACUUUACGAAACAAGCAGGUUGUCCUAAAAGUAUCAAAGUUGGAUUUUUUUAAAUGGAACUAACUCUCUGAGCUGUUCUAAAUAAUUAGAGUUUUGUGAAAAUGUAAUGUGAUUUUAAUUUGUCAAAUCAUUACAUUAUGUCAGCGAAAUUUGCGGCAGACAAUAAUUUAUAUCUCAAUCAUAAAAUGCUGCGCAUCUUAUACAGGGUGGUAAGAAAAUGUAUCCUAAUCCAAUAACAACUUUAAGUUGUUAUACAUUGAUUUGUUUAAAUGAAACACGAUUUUUUAACCUUCAAAUACUAGUUAUGUACUCGAAAAAUUAAAAUUAGGUUAUCUUUUGUCAAAAAUCGAAUUAUUUGAAAGUUUAGGUGUUAUAAAUUAUUUGAAAGAAUACAAUACAAAAGAAUACAACUUUAAUACUUUUAAUACUUUUCGGACAACUUGUAUAGUAUGAAACUGAUUUUAAAAAGUUACCAUAAUCGGACUUUACACAUCCCAAAAUUAAUCCUUUUCCAAAACCUUGUGUUUUGGCCAUAAUAUUCCUUGUCAUUUCCAAGAUUUUUUCGGGUGAGUUGUCAAUAUUUUUUAUCUUAAAUCAAUACUUUUUAAAAUUUCUUAUAAUAGUAUUAUCUCGUAAACCAAGUCGCCGAUGAUGUGGUGAAUAACGAAGGUUAUCGAUAAAAUAAUACUCAAGAAAUAUCUCGUUUCAUGACUAACUCAAAAUUGAAAUUAGAGGAGGGCUGCGACCGUAUGGAUUUUUACUGACCCAACCAAGUGGCCGAAAAAAUGUCGAAUAUGACGGGAAAAAAAAUGCGAAAUUAGGUUUUCUUCCUUGCGGGAAUGGUCAGCAUCACACACCUACAUACACACCUUGCUCAAAGACAAAUGUGAUACGUCAAAAUGUAUUAAAAAAAAAGAUCGCCAAUAUGGACACGUGGCGAGCCCCUAGCUAGCUAUGUUUUCCUGGUUUCAAGGGAAGGGGAGGGGUGCGUGUUUUCCUAGGGUGGCCACGACGGGCCAGUUUCGCGAAAUACUCAAUACUGGUAUUACUCCGUUGGCAUGCCGACCGCUAGGAAUUGGGGUGAAACCCGACCAAUACCACGACAGAUAGUUUAAUUGUUAAUUUUGUCCUUUUUAUUUAUUGUUGAAUUAUAUACGUAAAAUCGUGCUCACUUUUUUUCCCCCCAUUUUGUGUACAUAUAGCAGUGGCGGGCGAACACUAUAGGAGAAUUUUUACAGAGACGUCCCGGGAACAUUUAUAUAUAUUUUUUUUAUUGUUGACACUUAUGACGUUAUACAUGUUUACGACUAUUUUUUUUUAUUAUUGCUAUUGUUGCCGCUGCGGUUGUGAGCAAUAAGCGGCCCAUCGGAUUUUUUGCGAAAUUGUUGUUGGUAUUAGACCGCAGGGGCGGAGGGGAUCCUAGCGCCAAAGUGCCCCAAAGCGCUAUAUUCUAAAUAUAGGUGUCUUGUUUGCGCAAAAAACCGACAGCCAGAGGGGAAUUUCCAAAAAAAUAGAGCGUUAAUUUUUUUUUGUGCGGAAAUUUCUCCACUGUCGUUUUUUCCACGCUAUAUAUAGCUCAUUUGCCAUUGUUGUUACGGUCCCGACGGUUUUUUUUUUUUUGGGUAAAAACGAUUUCGGUUGUGAUUGUACAUAGUUUUUGAUUUACGAUGACGACCUUGGCACGUCCUUGACGCAUCAUGUUUACAUUUUAUGACGUAAGGGCAGCGUCGUCGGGCCGCGGGUGUCGAAAAAUAAAAAUGGGAGUAGUUAAAUUAGGAGAGAUUGUGCCCGCAGCCCGCGGCGCUGCCCUCCUAUUAUACCACGUGUAUCUAUAUUAUUAUAUUACUACGAUUUAGAGAACAUAUAUAUGAAUAUAUGCUUAAUCAAUCCUUCUAGCUUUACACUAUUUUUUUUUGUGAAAUCCGAGCAUUUACGAAAAUGUAAAAAAAAGGAAAUAAAAUACGUGAAAAUUGUGUAAUUUCAUUAUAAUCUAUAGGGGUUGUGUAAUCGACGCACUUUGUUUCUGUUGUUUAUGGGUUCCCGCCCUCUUCUGUCUUCAGCAAUUCAAACGUCCAAAACUCGCGCUUCGAGGGGGCGCGGGCCCGCCGAUGACGCAGCCACUUAACAGACGUGUAAAUAUCGUUUUAAACCACCCCGCGGAGUCGUCAAUGUCGGAAAUGAGGCAAAAACGAAGUGGCUUAGUUUUGUAUGGACCCGUAUAUCAAUUUAAAAAAAAAUGUAUUUUUUUUUUACCUAUAUUCAAUAUAAUUACCUAUAUCAAAGCAUCCGAA